UAAAACCAGUCUGAUUGAAUCAGUUGUGACACAACCGGCAAAAUGAAAUCAUUGGUCCUUGUGUUGUCCUUGCUUGUGUACAUUGUGCACGCGGAUGUGGAAAAUCCGUGCGAAGGGUUGCUCUCCGCUGUACUGAUUGACCCGGACAGUUGCUACAAAUUCAUCAUCUGCUACAAGGAAGAGCCAGAGUUCAUGACCUGUCCAGAUGGCACAAUUUUCUCCGUCGAUGAGAUUGAUUGCGUGCCGGGAAAUCAGGCGACUUGCACCGAAGGGUUUCCCGAGGAGCCAGAGAAUGAUGAGCGCCUGUGCCGUGGAAUUGUGCUAGGACGCUUCCCUGAUCCGGACAGUUGUACCACCUACUAUAGCUGUAUCUUUGGUCGACAACAGAAACAAUCCUGCCGCGAAGGAUAUGUGUUCUCCACGAGGUCAUUCCUGUGUCUACCGGGAAAUCCAGAAUCAUGCAAGGUUCAACUGCUUCCCACCACCACAACUCCUGCUCCAGAAAGUGUCAAACCCAUUCCAGUGGACUAUUGUUUGCGCAACGAUAAGCCUUUUGGUCGGCUGCCACAUCCGCAGUUCUGCACCAGAUAUGUGGACUGUCUUCUUUGGAUUCCUAGUGAGGAAUUCUGCUCGAGCUGGAUGGUGUUCAACGAUCGGCUCAAUAUUUGCCUCUACGGGGAUCCGAACACGUGCCGAACGAUCAUAGGCCCAGGAGCUACCACCCCAGAUCCGAAUCCACCGACUACGACCUUGGCACCGAUACCGGAGGACAUUUGCCCGGAUAAAGUCAUAGCGGUGAUUCCGCAUCCGUAUAGCUGCACUUCGUUUAUUACGUGUAUUUUGGGUAGACCUAAUGUACAGCAGUGUCCAUCGUACACCGUGUUCUCGGAGAAGCACUCCGUGUGUCUUCCGGGGGAUCCAAGUACCUGCACAGUGUAUUGGGAGUAGGACAGUGGUGAGUUUGUGAAAGAUUGCUAUUCUGUGAUACGGUAAAGUGAUAGUGACAUUACGACAAAUGGAAAUCUUUACCAAUAUCUUCCAGUUUAUUUGUUUACGAGGUCGUUGUCACAAAUUCAAAAUUUCGAUUAUUAGUAUUUAGGGUUACCGUGAUAUAUUAUUGCUUACAUAUGUUUGGAAAUAAAUGAGAUAAGUUUGGACUAAUCAACGGAAACAUACAAUUUCUCUUUUUUACCAAAGAUCAUUGAUUGAUACGGCUCUAAUUACAUAGGAAACAUUUUUUCAACAAUUGGUUAUCAAUAACAGAAGAUUUAUAUUUCACAAAGAGCUCUUGAAUAAGUCUAAAAACAAUUGUUUCUGUAUACUUGCUCAGAGU